UGGCUUUUACCGAGUGUCUUUUGAGAGACUGGUCAAUUCAUUAGAGAAAAUCUUUUUUUUUAUACUUCUCGUUCCAACGCAACUACCAUACAUCAUGCCCAAAACUACCGUCAAGGAGAAGAAGCGCCGGGAGGAGAAGCAGGUUCUGGAGAAGGAUGAAACAGAGAAGCAGCUCGAGAGCCUCUUGUUUGGUGACGAUGAAGGGUUCCAGAGCGCAUUGAAGACUCAGGAUCUCAGUCACCUUGCUCUUACAACUAUUCCUGAUGACAGUGCAGACGAGGAAGCGGGUGGUGAAGCGAACGAUGUUUACGAUCAAAACUUGGAAGAUGUUGCUGAUGCUGAUCUCUUUUUUCUUGACUCCGGAGCUGGCCCCGUUUCUACAGAACUCGACGAAUCUCCUGCUACACCUGGCGAAAUCGAGCCUGAAGGCGAUGAGCAAUUAGACGAGCUUCCGGCGGUGUGGCAUGAUAGCGAUGACGAGCGACUGACCAUAUCCCUGGCGAGCAAGGAUCGACUGCGAAAGUUGCGUGUUGCGGAAUCAGAGGAUGUCAUUGGCGGAAAGGAAUAUAUUCGUCGGCUGCGCAGGCAGUACCUUGAGCUACAUCCUACGCCUGACUGGGCGAACCCGAGGGCGAACCAGGAGAAGGAUGACGAAGAUGAUGACUCUGAUCGCGCGGAGGAGAUGGAUACAGAUGACGAGGAUCGAACGUCCACGCAGCCGCUCGCGAAGCUUCUCCAAAACAUCGACUUUACCAAGAUUGAAACUGCGGGACCAACAGGCGGUAGACCCAAGUUGCGUAAGGAAGUCAUUAGCAUUCAGAGGUUGAAGGAUGUUGGGAAGGACCAGCCGUCCGCCGUGAGCUCCCUUUCGUUCCACCCGCACUACCCAUUGAUUCUCUCCUCCGGACCAGCCUCUACGCUGUUCAUCCACCAUGUUGCUCCGGACGCACCGGCCCCUAACCCCCUCCUUACAUCGCUCCAUAUUCGCGAAACCCCCAUCACCACCUCCGCGUUUGCCCCGCCGGCUGGUACCCAGAUCUACGCCUCGGGCCGCCGACGAUACUUCCACAUCUGGGACCUCAACAGUGGCAAGAUCGACAAGAUCAACGGCUCCGCGGACCGCAAAGAGGAGCAAAAAUCCAUGGAGCACUUCCAGCUCUCGCCCUGUGGCCGGUACAUUGGCCUGGUGGGCUCGACCAAAAAGGGCGGCGGUGUGAUCAACAUCCAUAAUUCCGGCACGGCGCAGUGGAUCGCGCAGGUGCGCAUCGACGGCCGCGGCGGUGUUGCCGACUUUGCGUGGUGGAGAAACGGCGAGGGAAUGACGGUGGUCAACCUCAACGGCGAAGUCUCCGAAUGGGACGGCCAGCUGAACCGUAUUGUCGCGCGCUGGAAGGACGCCGGUGGGAUGGGCACGACUGUGCUCCGGCUCGGCGGUGACUCGGGACGCGCCGAGCUCGGCGGCGACCGCUGGGUUGUGAUCGGAAGUAAGAGCGGUAUUGUCAAUGUAUACGACCGCGGCGAGUGGGCGGCUGCCUGUGCCACAGCGCCGGAUGCUGCGUCUGCGAUCCCGCGCAACCCGGCGCCGGUGCGGGCGCUGGACCAGCUCGUGACCUCGAUCAGCCAGGUGGAGAUUGCUCCGGAUGGACAAUUCAUGGUGAUGGCGAGUGAAGCGAAGAAGGAUGCUCUGCGAAUUGUUCACCUUCCAACCUGUACAGUCUACCGCAACUGGCCCACGCAGAACACGCCUCUGGGACGAGUUACGUCUGUCGCCAUCUCGCCGAACUCGGAGUAUCUGGCUGCGGGCAAUGAUCGGGGACGGAUCCGUCUCUGGCAGAUUCAAGGAUAGAGAGCAGGUAACGCUUCUAGAUUCAAAAAGUUUAAUGUUAUCUUGAAUAUGUACGGAGUACUGGAAAUAUAAAGAAGAAGUCUUUUU